AUAACAAAAUGAAUAGAAUUUUAUCUUCGUUAGUUAAAAAUACAAUAGCACAUGUUUUUAAACGUUCCCUCCGCGUAACAAACAUUGUAUCAAGCGAUGAUUGUGGCAAGAGGAAUGAUCCCUGUAAAAGCAAGGAUCCAUGCGCAGAGAAAGAUGUAAGCAGCGAUAAGGUACAGUUAGAGAAAGGAUUUGCUUUGCAACCCAUCGAUGUCAAAGCUUGGACCCUUAGAAAACAUAACAACCCAGCUAGGCAAAGGCUUUAUGAAUUUGGCUUAUACGUUGCUGCCUGUUUGCCAAAAUUUGUUCAGAAGAUUCAGAUGACACAUACAGAUGAGCUUGAAAUUCUGGUUGCUCCCGAAGGUACGUUUUGUGUCUUGAGCUUCAUGGCUCAUCACCAAAAUGCCUGUUUUGGCCAAUGUGCAUUAGUUACUGCUGUGGAUGUUCCUACGCGAGUGUAUAGAUUUGAGGUCGCUUACAUUCUACGAAGCUUCAGAUUUGCAACAAAGGCUAGAGUUAAAACUUACACUGACGAAUUGACGCCUCUACACUCAGCGUACGAAAUAUGGCACGGCGUUAAUUGGUAUGAAAGGGAAACAUACGAUAUGUUCGGCAUUAUCUUUACGCAUCACCCGGAUUUGAGAAGGAUUUUAACCGACUAUGGGUUUACAGGCCACCCAUUGCGAAAAGAUUUUCCCCAGGUAGGGUAUACAGAGGUUCGCUAUGAUGACGAAUUGAAGAAGAUCGUGUAUGAGCCGGUAGAGUUCGCCCAGGAAUAUCGAAGUUUUCAGCUGCAGUCGCCUUGGACUUAUUACAGAGAAUUUCACGAGGGCUACAACUGUCCACCCGCCCCACCUAAAAAAGCCUAAACCUACUUGUACAUA